UUAACUGCCAGUACUGAAAAUGUAUAGUAUAUGUGACGUGAACUAUAAAUUUUCAGUACUGCUAGUAAAAACGGAACACAGCCCUAUUAUGCGUCUUUUCUAUCUAUAAAAGCCAUAGCGGGAAAACCGGCAUCAUCAAUUCAAUUGUUAUAGCAGCGGCACCGUAUCUUUUGUAAAUAUACUUAUAAAGAUUUGAUAUUUGAAACUACUUCAACAUUUAUAUGGGAAUUAAAAAUAAUCGAUAAAAUAGGACAAUACGGAACUACAUAACGAUUAUCUACUACAUAUCCACCAGAGCGUUUAAAACUCUUGCCAUUGCUUCUUUGAUGAUAAUAAGAAUAUAAUAAUUUUUUGUACAAUAUGACUGACAAAAAGAUUACAUAUUAUUCGCUGAGUGGCAACACGGAGGAGGAUAAAAAACUUUUGGAGCCGGUCAAAUACAUUUUUCAAUGUGAGUUUAAUGAUUUGUGCAAAAAUUGUAUCUGGACUUUCAACUACUGGUUUAAAAUAUCACCGGAGAACCUUCAACAAAUUGAAGAUAUACUAAAUAUUUUAUUGAACGUAUGUCUCCUAUUGGAUGAUAUUCAAGAUAAAGCCAUUUUUCGAAAAGAUUUUCCCGUGGCCCAUUCUAUUUAUGGAGUUAGUAAUACAAUAAAUGCUGCAAACUAUGCACAGCUUAAUGCUUUGGAAAAAAUGGGUAGCUUACAUCCCGAGGCAAUUAAAAUAACAAUUGAAGGAUUGCAAGAAUUUUAUAGAGGUCAAGGAAUGGAUAUGUAUAGUAAGGAAAAUUUUAUCUGCCCAACCGAAGAAGAAUACAAAAUGAUAGCAAGAAAAAACGGUUGGUUUCUUAAAUUGACAUAUAGACUGAUGAAACUAUUUUCCUCGUAUGAAGAAGACCUUUCAUCGUUAAUAAAUAUGAUUGAAUUGUUCUAUCAGAUAUUUGAUGAUUAUUGCAACUUAUGUCAAGAAACUGACAAUGAUCAUAAUUAUUGCUCUGAUAUAUCCGAAGGAAAAUUUAGCUUUCCUGUUAUUCAUGCACUUACAAAAAAUCCCGACGACAAACAAAUAUUAAAUAUUCUAAAGCAACGGACAACCGAUGUGAGAAUGAAACGUUACUGCUUCAAUUUAUUAGAAAGUUCCGGUUCCAUUAAGUACACGAAAGAUGCACUUGAGGAAUUGAAUAAGAAAAUAAGAUUGGAAAUUGAACGUUUAGGGGGAAAUCCACGUUUUCUGAUGGGUUUGAAUUAUUGUGAAAGUAUUAUACCGUAAAAUAAAAAAUUUUGAAAGCACUUACGUUAUUUUUUGGUGUUAAGGUAAUGCAUUUGUGCAUUAGUUUUUUGGUCUUAACAGCAUUCUGACUAUACAUGUAUAAUGCACUUGUAAUCGCAAUAUGUAUAUCACUUUUUUGUUCUAUUUAUGUUUUUCUUUAACUGUAAUAUUGUAAUAUUAAAAUAGUAUAAGACACAUUAUAAUAAAUAAAUGUUUUUGAUUUAAUAGAAAAGUACAUUUUUAAUUUUAUUUGAUUGUUUUUCUACUUUACACAGCAUUAAAAGUAUUCUUACCCGCAUAAGGAGCAAGAUAACAAUUAGCAUGUUCUAAAAUAUUUAAAUUUUUAAAAAUUCUAGUUUAUUUAACAACUUCUAAUUUUUAUUGAUGAUAAACAGAGUUUUAGUAAAUAUAAAAAAAAAUAGAUUGUUAUUUUUACAUUAUCACAGAAAUUAGCAAAAAUUUUAAGGUUGUCAUCUUACUCCCCUUUCAUCUACAGAUUAUUUCAAGAGGAAGAGUAAAAAGAUAUUCAAUCUUUUUGUACAUACACUUGACUUUGUGUUCAAUUUCAUAAACAAAAGUCCAACACUGGUUGAAGUCUGAGAGCUCAUUGAUGGCAAUAUCAAAUUAAAACUAUCUCGGAAAUUGAAUAAAUAACACACAGGCGCUCCGAAAUAAGGUUUCACCUAAAUACGAAGCGUGUCCGCUUUUAGGUUCCUCUUCGGUUCUAUGUGAAAUCUAUGUUAAGUAUCGCAAGACGUAAAAAGCAAUUGCUCACAAAACUUGAACCGUUAAAAGAGGAUGCUACUAAUAUGGCAUUGGGAAAAGUAGCAGUAAGAAUGAGAAGAAUGAUGCCGACAACGACGACGGAUAAGUCCGGGAAAGGAAGUCCAAUAUCUCUCUUUUUGACCAACACAGAGAAGAAAUUAGC